AUGCGGAAGUGAACCACUACCGGAAGAAAAAAAAGAAAAAUGGCAGGUCGCAGGUGCAGCUUCUCGGCUAUUCUGCGUGUUUUUUGUUACGUUAGCUGGUUAGCAUUUAUUGUCGCAGAAAGUCAAGAAACGAAGCUGAAUGUUGACCGCCGGGCCGCUGCUGUCGACAGUCCGCACACCGACACCGCUGGACGAGUGAGCGAGCAGCCUGCGGCGGAGGAGACACCUGGACAACAGGAGCCUGCUGCUCAGGACACAGUGGUCCCCUCCUCAGCGACAAGCUUCAAAGAUGAUUUCCAAGAGGAACUGGUCAUCAGACCUUUGCACUCAGGAGAUAUUUAUGCCAGCUUCCAGUUUCGCACACUGUGGGAAACAGAUUUCAUGAGUGGAAACAAAGUAUCCCACUAUCGGCUGUAUCCGAAGUCUCUGGGCCAGGUGAUCUCCAAGUUCUCAGUGCGAGAGCUGCACAUCUCCUUUACGCAGGGCUACUGGAGGACAAUGCAGUGGGGGCAGCCUUUUCUGCCCUCUCCUCCAGGAGCUGAACUCUGGGUCUGGUUCCAAGAUUCUGUGACAGAUGUGGAUGGCACGUGGAAGGAGCUGACAAAUGUUUUGUCGGGGAUCUUUUGUGCUUCACUGAACUUCAUAGACUCCACCAACACUGUUCAGCCCAGUGCAUCCUUCAAACCGCUGGGAAUAGGAAAUGAUACAGACCACCGCUUCCUUCGUUAUGCUACCCUCCCACGAGAAAUUGUUUGUACUGAGAAUUUGACACCCUGGAAGAAACUCUUGCCAUGUGGAUCAAAGGCUGGUCUAGCUGUCCUGUUGAAAUCAGAGAAACUCUUUCACAGCAGUUUCCAUUCCCAGGCAGUGCACAUCAGACCUGUAUGCCAGGACUGGGAGUGCAAAACUUCAUCCUGGGAGCUGAGACAGACACUGAAUGUGGUGUUUGACCUGCACACCUCGUCCCAGGGAAAACGAGAGUGGUCUCUGUUUAAGAUGUUUUCGCGGACCCUGACCGAAGCUUGUCCACUGGCCUCCUCCAGUAAAAUCUACAUCGACGUCACAGACAAUCCUGAGGGGGAGCAGUUUGAGGUGACCCCGGCCACUCCCCUGCUGAGCAAAGCAGUGGUGCUGGGGGACAGACGGACCUUCUCUGUCUAUGAUCUGACCCAACAAAUCACCUUUGGCACUAUGCGCUCCCUCAACCUGCUGAUCCGAUGGAAAACCAGUGAGGGUGACAUGCUGCGUCCCCUGCUCCACGCAGAGCGUUAUGUCGCUGGUUACGGUCUGCAGACCGGAGAGAUUCACACGCUCAUGUACAACAACCACCCCUACAGGUCUUUCCCUGUGCUGCUGCUUGACUCUGUGCCGUGGUACCUUCGACUCUACAUCCACACCCUCACUGUCACCAGCAAGGGAAAGGACAACACGCCCAGCUACAUCCACUACCAGCCUUCUAAGGACCGUGUGAGGCCCCACCUGCUGGAGAUGCUGGUCCAGCUUCCUCCUAACUCCGUCACUGAGGUCACAGUACAGUUUGAGAGGGCUCUGCUCAAGUGGACUGAAUACACCCCUGAUCCCAACCACGGCUUCUAUGUUGGGUCGUCAGUAAUUAGUUCCCUUGUACCAAGCAUUGUUGCCAUGGAUAUUAACAGCACUCAGGAACGCCCUCUAUUCAGCAGCUUUUUUCCAUGUAAAGAGGAGUCCAGCUACUUCGUACGAGUGUACACAGAGCCUCUUCUGGUCAACCUGCCCACUCCAGACUUCAGCAUGCCUUAUAAUGUCAUUUGCCUGACCUGCACUGUGGUUGCCGUGGGCUAUGGCUCCCUUUACAACUUACUGACCCGGAGUUUCCAGAUAGAAGAGCCCAGCCCAGGACUGGCCAAGCGGCUAGCCAACAUCAUCCGCAAAAUGAGAGGUGUGCCGCUACUCUGAGGCCGGUCACAAAUCCAACUUGCUCCAAUUUUAGAAGGGAAGUUUUCCUUUUGGUGUAACCACUGGUAAACAUGUGACACAUUCAGGGACAAAUUGAGUCUGAAGCACUGGUUUGAAUGUUUUUUUAAGACGGACAACUUGAAGGUUUUGUUUAGGAAGAAGACAAAUGUUUCUUUUGGACAUUACUGUUCAGGAUACUUUUCUGCCAGCUAUGGAGGAUUAUUGAAAUUGUAGACAUUUGCCUACUGUGUUGAAAAGUCAGAGUUUUGUUAUUGUUUAACAAGCUGGAGGAACCAAAGCUGUUCAGUAUACUGCUGAACUAACUGCUUCCAACUGUUACCAUUUCAUUCUUUUGUGAAUGUUUGAAUCCAUAACUUCAUGACACAGCCACAAAACAUUGUGUUAGUGUUUGAAAACAAUGGCAUAUUUAAGGAAUGAUAAAACAAUUUGACAUAUUUUCACAAACCUAAGUCAUGGCAGGAAAUCAACUAAGGAAUUCCCUGUUCCCAAACACAAAUACAAACAGCAUCAUAGCCUGAUUUUAAAAUGUUCAUAUAUAUUCCCUCUUUAUGUAAAAGUUCCUUAUUCAGUUUUUAAUAUAUAUGAUAAAAUGUGACCACAGAAAUACUGAAAAGUUACCAAAAUGAAUAAAGUUGAAUAAAGUGUGUUUUAUGGUGAGCGGAAAAGACAUGACUUUCUGCUUCCUGAUUAUUUAUUUUGUUCUUAUUGGCUGUUGGAUGCAUGCUUCGCCUUUCUCAUUAGUUCAAUGCAGUUUGAGCCAAGUUUAUGGUGAAUUAUGAAAAAGAUUUGACUCUUCUAUGAAAUUCUAUCUUGCAAAAGUAACAUUUUCCUCUGUUCUGCUUGUCUGUCCAGAAGUUUGAAGCAGGACUGUGUGAAUGGAUGGGUCUGUGUUGAAUCUUUAAUGUUCUUUGUUGCCUUGUCAAUAAACAACAUGUUUUCUUCAUUUGAAUCAAAAUA